GGCCCGGGCGUGGGAGUAGCUCCUGCUCCCACCGAGGAGUGGACCAGCCUGACCUCUCCAGCAACCCCCCCCCACCUCUGAACGCCCCGGGUCCCUUCUUGCUUCCCAGCGAUAACCCUAGUUACAGCUCACACAGCCCAACCAAGAGUGAGGACCACGGCGGUGGUUAGCAGGGGAGUCUGGCCUGGGAAGACCUGGGAGGACCUGAGGGGAGGAAAUUUCCCAGCACUUAGGCAGAGCGAGUGAGGGCUAGGAGUGAGAGAGGCGGCCAGUGAAGAUAAGUAUAAUCCGAAGGAAAUCUUGCCUGACCUCUUAACUUAGAUCCCUGCUGUAUCAUCAGCCAUGCAGACCUGGGUCCUCGUGUUCUCCCAACUCUGGCUCUUAAAGAGCGUGUUCGUUUCCUUCCUGGGGGCACAACGGCUCCAGAUUUGACUCUGCUGGUGGCCCAGAGUUAGCGCUAGCCCUCUCUGGGCAUCCACCUCCCUUUUCCCUGAGAGUGUAAAUGCACUGAGAUCCUCAGAAAGAGAAGCUGCUUCCAGAGCUGAUGGCCAGGGCAGGGGGGUGGGGGUUUGGCCUCUCCCUGUACCCUUCUCCAGUACACUCCAAGUUGUAGGCUUUCACAAAAGAUGGGUGGGGGAAGGAGCCACUGGAGAGAGGCCAGACUGGCAGGGACAGGGUCUUUGUCCCAGCUGGCUUCUGAGCCAGGAGAUCCGGUGGGAAAGCCCGUGCCAGGCCCAGGGGAAUGACUGGGAGCAGAGUAGGAGGGAUGGAGGGGGCAGAGGAUGUUGGGCACCAGGGAAGCUUCCUUACAAGUCCUUGUGGGGAGGAAGCAGGAGAGGCUGCAGUAUCUGGGUUCAGUCUAGGAGGCCCUCCUGGAGGAGGAAUGGCUGGGCAGGGAAGUCUGGGCUUUACCGUUGCGGAAGGAGGCUUAGGGUCGGCCCCUGAGGGCAGGGGAAAGUGGGACCACAGCUGUGCUCCCAACCCCACGCCAUGGAUCUGUGGGUUUGGCUCGCCAGCCCCCGGGGCUGCCUGAACCUGCAGGUGCUCAGGCCUCUCACACAGAAUGCCAUCUUCGCACCCCACCUACGCACGUCUUUCACACACAGGAACCCGUCUCUAGGUGGCUUAUAAUUUCCAAGUGCAUAUAUGCUGUUUAGGGAACAGUGACAAAGAAUCUGUAUGUGUUCAGUACAGACUCUUUUUCUCUGAAUGUUUGACGGAUGGCUGCUUGGAUGCACAGAUCUGGAACUCCAGUGUACAGAGAGCCGGUUGCACAGUGCCACUCAUCAUUGCGUUAUUAGCGUUCACUGGGCAUCUACUCUGUGUCUGGUGCUGGCAUGUGCACAGGGUGCUUUCUGCUGUAGAUUAUAGUUGGUUUGCAGCAUGAUCCCACUGCUUCUGUCCCUGCUGGCAGCCCUGGUACUGACCCAGGCCCCUGCAGCCCUAGCUGACGAUCUGAAAGAGGACAGCUCAGAGGACCGAGCCUUCCGCGUGCGCAUUGGCACCGCGCAGCUGCGGGGCGUGCUGGGCGGCGCCCUGACCAUCCCAUGCCACGUCCACCACCUGCGGCCGCUGACCAGCCGCCGGGCCGCGCCGGGCUUUCCCCGGGUCAAGUGGACCUUUCUGUCUGGGGACCGGGAGGCGGAGGUGCUGGUGGCGCGCGGUCUGCGGGUUAAGGUAAACGAAGCCUACAGGUUCAGAGUGGCGCUGCCCGCCUACCCCGCAUCGCUCACUGAUGUGUCUCUGGUGCUGAGCGAGCUGCGGCCCAAUGACUCCGGGGUCUAUCGCUGCGAGGUCCAGCACGGUAUCGACGACAGCAGUGACGCUGUGGAGGUCAAGGUCAAAGGGGUCGUCUUCCUCUACCGAGAGGGCUCUGCCCGCUAUGCCUUCUCCUUUGCUGGAGCCCAGGAAGCCUGUGCUCGCAUAGGUGCCCAGAUCGCCACCCCUGAGCAGCUCUAUGCUGCCUACCUCGGCGGCUAUGAGCAGUGUGAUGCCGGCUGGCUGUCCGACCAGACUGUGAGGUACCCCAUCCAGAACCCACGGGAGGCCUGCUAUGGAGACAUGGACGGCUACCCUGGAGUCCGAAACUACGGAGUGGUGGGUCCUGAGGAUCUCUACGAUGUCUACUGUUAUGCCGAGGACCUAAAUGGAGAACUGUUUCUAGGCGCCCCUCCCGGCAAGCUGACAUGGGAGGAGGCUCGGGACUACUGUCUGGAACGGGGUGCACAGAUUGCCAGUACAGGCCAGCUGUAUGCAGCCUGGAAUGGUGGCCUGGACCGAUGCAGCCCCGGCUGGCUGGCUGAUGGCAGCGUGCGCUACCCCAUCGUCACUCCCAGCCAACGCUGUGGUGGGGGUCUGCCGGGAGUCAAGACCCUCUUCCUCUUCCCCAACCAGACCGGCUUCCCCAGCAAGCAGAACCGCUUCAAUGUCUACUGCUUCCGAGACUCUGCCCAGCCCUCUGCCUUCUCUGAGGCCUCCAGCCCAGCCUCUGAUGGACUAGAGGCCAUUGUCACCGUGACAGAGAAACUGGAGGAACUUCAAUUGCCUCGGGAAGUGGAGAGCGAGUCCCGUGGGGCCAUCUACUCCAUUCCCAUCAUGGAGGAUGGGGGAGGAGGCAGCUCCUCCCCAGAAGACCCAUCAGAGGCCCCUAGGAUUCUUCUAGAAUCGGAAACCCAAUCCAGUGCACCACCGACCGUGUCCUCGGAAGAGGAAGCCGUAGCCCUGGAGGAAGAAGAAAGAUACAAAGACACAGAGGCUCUGGAGGAGGAGAAGGAGCCGGAGGACCUGUGGGUGUGGCCCAGGGAACUCAGCAGCCCUCUCCCCACUGGCUUGGAAACAGAGCAGUCACUCUCCCAGGUGUCCCCACCAGCCGGGGACGGGGAUGUUCUGCAGCUGGGUGCAUCACCUUCUCCCAGGCCUCCCAGGGUCCGUGGACCACCUGCAGAGACUUUACUCCCUCCAAGGGAGGGAAGUCUCACAUCCACUCCAGAUGGGGCAAGAGAAGCAGUGGGGGAAACUGGGAGCCCCGAGCUCUCUGGGGUCCCUCGAGAGAGUGAGGAGGCAGGGAGCUCCAGCUUGGAGGAUGGCCCUUCCCUGCUUCCAGCCACGUGGGCCCCUGAGGGUGCCAGGGAGCUGGAGACCCCCUCAGGAGAGAAGUCUGGAAGAACUGUUCUGGCAGGGACCUCAGUGCAGGCCCAGCCAGUCCUGCCCACCGACAGUGCCAGCCGAGGCGGAGUGGCGGUGGCUCCCUCAUCAGGUGACUGUAUUCCCAGCCCCUGCCACAAUGGUGGGACGUGCUUGGAGGAGAAGGAGGGUUUCCGCUGCCUCUGUUUGCCAGGCUAUGGGGGGGACCUGUGCGAUGUUGGCCUCCACUUCUGCAGCCCUGGCUGGGAAGCCUUCCAGGGUGCCUGCUACAAGCACUUUUCCACGCGGAGGAGCUGGGAGGAGGCAGAAAGUCAGUGCCGAGCACUAGGUGCGCAUCUGACCAGCAUCUGCACCCCAGAGGAGCAGGACUUCGUCAACGAUCGCUACCGGGAGUACCAGUGGAUUGGGCUCAAUGACCGGACCAUCGAGGGUGACUUCUUGUGGUCCGAUGGUGCCCCUCUGCUCUAUGAAAACUGGAACCCUGGGCAGCCUGACAGCUACUUCCUGUCUGGGGAGAACUGUGUGGUCAUGGUGUGGCAUGACCAGGGACAGUGGAGUGAUGUGCCUUGCAACUACCACCUCUCCUACACCUGCAAGAUGGGGCUUGUGUCCUGUGGGCCUCCGCCACAGCUGCCCCUGGCUCAAAUAUUUGGUCGUCCUCGGCUGCGCUACGCGGUGGACACCGUACUACGAUAUCGGUGCCGAGAGGGGCUGGCCCAGCGCAACCUGCCUUUGAUCCGCUGCCAGGAGAACGGGCUCUGGGAGGCCCCUCAGAUUUCCUGUGUGCCCCGAAGGCCGGCCCGCGCUCUGCGCUCAGCGGACACCCCAGGAGGACCACAAGGACGGCUCCCAAGGCACAGGAAGGCACUGUUGACACCUCCAUCCAGUCUUUAGGGAGCCGGCCUGGAAUACUGCUGCCCCCAGCACUGCCCUGUCUCUUCAGCUGCCUGUCCACUUCCUGUAACAGGGAGUGGCGUGAGAGGGGUGGGGCUGGGCAGUGCCAGAAGGGGUCCCUGGGAAAACACUUGGAUGGCUGCACCCAGCCUAGGCCCUCUCUAUUAUACCCGGCCCUCAGGUUUUACCCUCAGGACAAUGGGUAAGUCCCUAAGUGCCUCAACUUCUCUCUUAUGUCAGCUGCCUCCUUGUCCCUCAGUUUCUCCAGGGGACACUGUGCUACUCAUUCUUAAUUUUCAAAGUGUUUUCAGGAUGGAGUGCCAGCAAAACCAGAUGGGAAUAAAGCUGUUUGAACCCAAA